CUUUUCUGGAUCACAACAAACACUGAGGGGGGUUUUUUUUUCGCAUACACAAUGUACAAGAAAUAUCACACAGAAGAUUGAUUUAAAAUGCAUGUAACAUCAUGCCAUUAUACUGAAUUAUAGAUUGUCCUGUUCACACACUUUCUUAUUUUUUCUUCUUGUUUUUUUCUCUAUGAUGCCAAGCAACAUGCCCUUCGUACUUAAUAAAUCGCAGAUUGAGAUGUUGAGUGCUAUCUUUGAUACCUUCAUUGCCCCACUCUCACCUACUGAACAACAUGCAAUUGAACAAAAACUCCAAGCAUCUGGCAUAUCUCCCAAACACAUAUCGACUAUGUCUCACGUCUCUGCAACUUCACUUCGUCUUACACCUGUGGUAAUCCAAUUCAUCCAAGACGUUGUUCCUCCUACCAAACAAAAAGAACUUGUGCGUAUCCUGGACAUGUUGGCCACUCGUCCGGGUGCUUUACUCUUAACGGGCCAUUGGCAACCUUUGACUGAACUGGAUCGUGAGAAACGAGAACAAGUCUUACUUGGCUGGCAAAAAUCCUCGUUCCUUACUUUCCGCACACUUUACAAAGCAUUUGCUUCACUUUGUCUAUUUCAUGCUUACAACAGAAAGAAUUCGGUCUUGAAUGAGUGCUUAAACUAUCAUGCUUCUCGGGAUAUCUUUUUUGAACAACAUCAAGAUUAUAGUACUAUUGAACACGAAAGGUUGCCCAUGAUGACGACAGAAGAAGCGUUGCAAGGCCAUCUCUCGUUUGAUGUGGUGGUAGUUGGCAGUGGUGCUGGAGGAGGCGUAGUGGCUGCUGAACUUUCUAAAGCAGGGUACUCUGUGUUGGUCAUUGAGAAAGGCAAAUACUAUCAUCAGAGUGAAAUGGUUCCUAAUGAAGAGGAAGCUUAUAAAAACAUGUAUGAUACGGGUACUGCCAUGACUUCCAGAAAUAAUUCGAUUGAGUGUUUGUCAGGUGCUACUCUAGGUGGAGGUACUGCUGUGAAUUACUUGGUCUCACUCAAGCCACAACAUUUUGUUCGAGAAGAAUGGAUACUUCAAGGGCUUUCUCAUUUUAAUUCUCCUCAGUUUAGUAAGGAUCUUGAUUAUGUAUUUGAUAGAAUUGGUGCCAGUCAAGAAAACAUAUUGGAAACACUCACCAAUCAAAAGUUUGAGAAAGGAUGCAGGGACCUGGGUUAUCCUAUUGAAAAAGUCUAUGUGAAUACAGGUGGUAAACCUCAUCACUGCAGUCGCUGUAUGUAUGGCUGUCGAUCAGGUAUCAAACAUAGUACAGCCAAUAGUUGGCUUAAAGAUGCACAUCAAUACGGAGCUCGGUUCUUGGACAGAACGCAAGUCACUCGUGUGCUUACAAAAAACCAAAAGGUGGUUGGUGUAGAAUGCGUUGUACACCGUACACAAAAGACCACCAUUCAGGCCACACGAGUUAUUGUUGCUUGUGGAGCACUUCGAACGCCUUCUUUGCUCUGGGCAAGUGGACUCAAGAACCCUCAUAUUGGUCGACAUCUUGUUCUUCAGCCUAUCUUGUUUGGAUUUGGCUUGUUUGAUGAACCCAUCCGACAAAAAGACGGCCCACUUAUUUCAAGAGUCUCAGAUGGAGGCGAUGUCAAGAUAGAAGAAGGGUUAGUUUUACCCGGUGGAUUGGCUACUAAAUUGCCAUGGCUGGGUGCAGCCAGACAUAAGGAACUCAUGCUGAGACAUGACCAUAUUCUUUCCCUGAUCAAUGUCGUCCGAGAUACAGACUCUAUAGGCACAGUAAUCCAUGAUCCCGAAAAUCCGAAUCCAGUGUUUGAUUAUGUGUUAUCCAAGCUCGACCAACAAGUCAUGAUCACAAGUUUAGAGCGUAACAUGAAGUUGAUGGUUGCUGCUGGUGCCCGUGAACUUUAUACGUUACAACCUAAUGUGGAACCCUUUGUGUUCUCUCCAGAAGAAAACAUUCGAGUUGAUCAUCCUCGCUUUGAACAUUGGCUUGAAUCCGUUCGAAAGGCAGGCAUCAGUUCUAUCUCUACGCCUCUUGUCUCUGUCCAUCAAUUGGGUUCAUGGUAAUCUAUUUGUUUAAUAUGAUGUCAUCUAACUGUAUAUCUAUCAUCUCUCUCUCUCUCUCUUGGUGAAACAUGGGAAGUAAAGCAUUUGUAUGUUGCUGAUGGAUCCUUGUUACCCACAGCAGUAGGAGUCAAUCCUAUGGUGACGAUUGAAGCAAUAGCUCUGCAUGUUGCUCGCCAAAUACUUCCUCAGUCUCGGCUUUAAAAUAAAAAGUCAUGGGGUAAUACCUUUGCUUUUUUUUUUUUUUU